GCAAGUCAGCAUUUGGAGAGACUGUUAUGCAGAUAUUCAUAGGUGGCUGUUGUUUUACAGAUCAAGCAUGGAAUUGCUUAGGAAAACUAAUGCAUCUGUGGAUUCCUGAAAACUGCUGAAGAAAAGGCCUUCCAGAUGGGACCACUGUCAAGCAAGCCUGCCUCCUCCAGCCUCCCUGCUGACAAAUGGUGGUGGAUUAUAGAUGAGGACACGCUGACCCAUUCGACCUUGCUGAGACAGCGGGGAGGGGCCUCCUGCUACUUGAGGGAAGCUUUGGGUCAUUUAAAGGACAAGGUCAUGAGCCAGGUGGGGAAAUGACAUGAUAUCACAUGACAAUAGCCUGAUGACACGGAUUUCUGUGUGCACGAUGAAGACGUCAAAAGAUGAAAAACAAGCCGAUUUCCUGGACAGAGGUGAAGAAGGCGAAUGUUUAGUAGAACUUCCUCACACCGGAACCAUGUUCUAAGUGAUUCUCCUUGGACUCUUUCAUAAAUAUUCUAUCAACAGAAUGAUAUGAGUGAAAAUCUGGUUCAUCAGUGAUGUAUGCUGGAAGAAGCCUGCUUGGAAUGUCCUAUUUUGUGUUUUGUCAGAUUAUGUGAAAAGGCUAAGACUUCUACCUGUUAUUUAUAAACUGCGUAUCUCAAUUCAGAUACAUCAAACUAAUCUUCAAAGUAAAUAGAAGAAAAGCCUUUUUGGAUAUUUUUAUUGAACAUGACUCAUGGAGAAGAGCUUGGCUCUGAGAUGCACCAGGAUUCCAUUGUUUUAACUUACCUAGAGGGAUUACUAAUGCAUCAAGCAGCAGGAGGCUCAGGUACUACAGUCGACAAAAAGUCUACUGGGCAUAGUGGAGAGGAUCAAAACUUUAAGAUUUCUGGAAAUAUAUUUCCCAAUUGUCAAAGUAAUGGUCCAGUUCUUAACACGAAUACAUACCAGGGAUCUGGCAUGCUGCAUCUCAAAAAAGCAAGACUAUUACAGUCUUCUGAAGACUGGAAUGCAGCAAAGAGAAGGCGGUUGUCUGAUUCCAUUGUGGAUUUAAAUGUAAAAAAAGAAGCUUUGUUAGCUGGCAUGGUUGAAAAUGUGCCUAAAGGCAAACAGGAUAGCACAUUACUUGCCUCUUUGCUUCAGUCAUUCAGCUCUAGGCUGCAAAGUGUUGCUCUGUCACAACAGAUUAGGCAGAGCCUCAAGGAACAAGGGUAUUCCCUCAGUCCUGAUUCUUUGCAAGUGGAGAAAGAUUUAAGGUGCUAUGGUGUUGCAUCUAGCCACUUGAAGACUUUGCUGAAAAAAAGCAAAACGAAAGAUCAGAAGUUAGACACCAGUCUGCCUGAUAUAACCAAGAAUCUGCCUAAAGAGAGGUUUAUAGAAUCUCCUCAUACAGUACAGAGUGGAUCCAAGGUGAUAAAUGAGCCACUAUCAUGUGCUGCAAGAUUACAAGCUGUUGCAAGCAUGGUAGAGAAAAGAUCGAGUCCUGCUGCUUCACCUAAACCCAGUGUAGCUUGCAGUCAGUUAGCUUUACUGCUUUCCAGUGAAGCUCAUUUGCAGCAAUACUCCAGGGAACAUGCUUUGAAAGCACAAAAUGCAAAUCAAAUAGCAAGUGAGAGGCUUGCUGCCAUGGCCAGAUUACAAGAAAGUGCCCAGAAAGACGUUGGCCAAUUCAGCCUGUCCAAAGGAAUGUCAAGCCAUCUUAAUGGUCAGAUUAGAUCAUCAUCCAAAACCAUAACUAACAAAAGCAAUAUGGCAUCCUUUCCAAGUCCAAUUGGAAUGAUUCAUUCUUCCCCCAAAAAUGUAGGAUUCAAAAGUACAUUGGAAAGAAACCAUUCAAAACAGUCUCCCAACAACAGUUUGCUUUUACAUCUUCUUAAGAGUCAGAAUACUACUAAGCAAACAAAAGGGCAUGAGCAAAAUGAGCGAAACAGUAUGUUUGAGGAGGGUAGCACACCAACUACAAUUGAUGAGUACUCUGACAACAAUCCUAGUUUUACAGAAGAUGACAGCAGUGGUGAUGAAAGUUCCCAUUCUAACUGUCUUCCUAUAGACUUAUCCUUCAAACAGAGGACAGAUAAACCAGAGUCUGGACAGCCUGCUUCUCUAGAUAAUCUGACCCAGUCCUUGCUUCAUAACUGGGAUCCAAAAGUUCCAUGUCUAGAGAGCAGGGAAGAUAAAGACACUCCAAAGGGUUCUAAACUGAAUCCGCAUCAGAAAGUAACACUGCUUCAGUUAUUGCUUGGCCAUAAGGGUGAAGACAAGGUGGAGAUAAACACUGAUCCUCAGGGACCACACAGUACAGCUGAUGUGGCAAAAUUUAUCGUACAAACUGGCAAAAGGACUCCUGUUACAGAGAGUCCCAGUGCAAACCGAAUGACUCCUUUAAGCACUCCCCCUCUACUUGUUCCUACAAAAGCAGAUUCUCCGAUCAAUCUCUCCUACCAGGCUUCUCUAGCAGUGAAGCGUAAUUCACCGCCGUAUGCCUGCAAUUUCCAGCCAGAGAGGCUAGUGAAUACAGCAUCUAAACAUUUGAUAGAUCUUUCAAAAAGUAAAGAUCUUCAAGGACCUAAGCUGAACAGAAACGAGGUUGCACCAAACACUGCAUCUUUCAGUGCCAGCAAGUUGUUACAGAACUUAGCUCAGUGUGGAAUGCAGACUCCCAUUCCAAGUGAAGAGCAACGAACUAGCAAACAGUUGCUUACAGUGAGCGCAGAUAAACCUUUAGGAUUGAUUGACAGAUUGAAUAGUCCUCUGCUUACAAACAAACCAAGUACCCUUGAAGAAAACAACAAAAUAUUCAGUUGUCAACCUGCACCCAUUGACCAAGGACUUCCUGGCUCAGAAAUAGAAAAUCUCCUUGAAAGACGCACCGUCCUUCAGUUGCUUCUGGGAACUCCCAAUAAAGGUAAAACCGAAAGGAAGGAGAGAAUGCUUUUAAAAGAUGAAACUUCACAAGAACAGACAGAUAAAGCCUUGAAUGAGCAAAUACUGACCGUGAAAAUAAAAACUGAACCCUGUGAAGAAUCAAAUAUCCCUCAUAACUCAAAUGUACAACAAAUAAGAGAGUGUAAGGGUAACACAUUUCAAGGAAUAACUCAUUCAUUGCAGAGAAAUACAGCUGCUUCUCCAGCAUCUGAAGAUUUUAAACCCGAGCCUCUUUCACCUCAAGAUUUUUCCUUUUCAAAAAAUGGCCUGUUAAGUCGUUUGCUGAGACAAAAUCACGAUAGUUACCCUGCAGAUGGUCUGGAGAGAAAUCACAGAAAUUAUGAGUUAACACUUCUAGAAUCAAAGAGUCUUUGCACAAUUCCUAAGAAGAGAAAACUUCAUACUGAGCCAUCGGAAGGUCCAUUAAAAAAGAUAAAAAGUAAUGUGUCUGAUGCUGCAAACAAUCAUGCUUCUCCAACAGAGGCAUUGUAUGGGCCUUUGCUUAACCAGCAAGAUGUGAAAUUUAAUAGAAGCGAUCUUGAAUUUAAAUAUGCUGCAAGUUAUGGUUCAAGCAAUGAAAGUGAAAAUAGGAGUUGGUCUAGGGAUAUCAAAGGCUUUAAUGUGUUGAAACAGUUACUUCUCUCAGAAAACUGUGAGAGAGAUUUGUCACAGCAUAGGAACAGCAUAGGAACUGAAGGCAAGAAAAAAGGAAACAAAAAUAACGUAGCUAUUAAACCUGAAUACAGCAUUUCUUCAAUAAAUACAUUUAUGGGAAACCCUUCGCAACAGAACAAUUGUGUAGAUCAUAGAACAUUUCAAUAUCCUGGAGCACUAAGGAGUCCUGCCAAUUCCCCCUUCCCUGAACAUUUGGGAAGUAUGCUAUCUAGACCUGAAUCUGAUCAACUUGGCGUUUGUCCCUUACCCAGUGAAAAAGGUCCCAUCAGAUGGGUUAUCACAGGUAUGGACAAAAAUGAAUAUGAAAAAGACUCCCCCAGACUGACCAAAACUAAUCCAAUACUUUAUUACAUGUUACAGAAAGGAGGCAAUUCUGUUAAUAACCAAGAAGCACAUGACAGAGACACUUGGAGUGAACCUUCAUUUACAGAAAGUUCAGCUCAUGUUACAAUCAAAGAGGAGUUGGUACCAGAGGCAGAACCAAAAGCUCCUUUUCAUAAUUUAAGAAGCCCUUAUAAUAACCAUAUUGGGAAUAAAGCCUCCCAUCAACACUGCAUGAAUGGAGAGGUACCGGGACUUUUGGAAAAAGUGCUAACAAUCAAGAAAGAACCAGAAUAAAAUAGAGCCACCACAAUGAGUUUACAGUCAGUGGUUUUGAAUCUUUGUAAAAAAAUGAAAUAAAAUAAAAAUGAAUAUGAACUUGAUAAGUGUAUAAAUUGAGCAUGAUUUGAGGAAAGCAUGGCCUAAUUGAAAAAUGUUUUUAUUUGACAAAACUUUUUAUUUUCUGAUAAUGCUAUUUAAAAUACAUGUAGCUAUAUUUUGCUUUACAGUAGAUUGUCACAAGGAACUACAGAGGUUGUAAUUUGUACGAGACGUUUCUGUAUGCAUCAAACUAAGUUAUGAUAGUCUAUGACUGAAGUCUUAUUUGGAGCUACAUAUCUGGUGCACGUGCAAGCAUACCACCUAUGUGGUGGGAAUGCAUUUUGCUGCAUUUCAUCCCGUCCAUGUAGUAUCUUUUGGAAAUCUACGUAUAAAGAUUUGUGUAAUUUCUGAUGUUUAAUACAUUUUAUGAAGUUUUGAGGACAUUUUUUAAAGAAACAGAACAGUCUGUCCAACAUAUGAGCUCAUCGUAUUUGGAAACUUCUGACGGUGUUAAUUGAAAUGCACUGAAUGCAAUUUUUAGUGCUUCUGAUUUUUUUUUUUAAUUAUUAUUUUUAAAACUUUUUUGUGGUCCUUCCAGAAUCAUGGUGCAUCUUGUUUUUUUUCCUUUCUCCCACUUGAUUAUGGUAAAUGCCUUCCCCAGAACCGCUAGCAGUAGUUAUAUACAUUCUGAGUUAGUACUAAAAGUUUUUCUAGCUUUUUCUACAGAAGGCAAAAUUUCCUAUACCCAGGAAGUAGUAGAUAAGUCUGUCAGCUCUUAUAAAAAGAUGGUGGAAAUGUCCCUUAGACUUUUGGAAUAAAUAGGAAGAUGAUGUACUUCUCAGAAAACUGCCAAUACUUCUGGUUAGUGAUACAAGUAAGUAGAAUGAUUUGUUCAGUGCCAUGUCACCUCUUCUUUUCAAAGGAAGAGAUGCUUCACUUAUA